GGGCUCGCAGGCAGCCGGGCCAGGGGGACAAAUACAACGAAUCGUCGCUCCUCCCAGGGGCCCGGACGCCGCCGCGGGCCAGGCCCAGCCCUGAGCCCGCGGGCCCCGCGCACCCGCCCCGGCCCCGCUCCGGCGACGACGGCGAGCGGCGCGCGCGCUCGGGCGCGAGCAGGACGCGGCCCCGGCUCAGCUCCCGGCGCGCAGGGGGCGGCGGCGGCGGCGGCGGCGGCGGAGGAGGCGCCGAGGCCACACCCAGCGGCGAGCCGAUCCGGCCGCGAGUCGCCCCGCGCCCCAGCCCCGCGGAGCCCGCCCGCCCGCCCGGCGCACCCCCGCGAGCCCGGCGCACCGCGGCCGCCCGGCCGAGCAGCGCAGCCACCAUGAUCGCUUUGUUCAACAAGCUGCUGGACUGGUUCAAGGCGCUGUUCUGGAAGGAGGAGAUGGAGCUCACGCUGGUCGGGCUGCAGUACUCGGGCAAGACCACCUUCGUCAACGUGAUCGCGUCAGGACAGUUCAACGAGGACAUGAUCCCCACGGUCGGGUUCAACAUGCGCAAGAUCACCAAGGGGAACGUGACCAUCAAGCUCUGGGACAUCGGGGGACAGCCCCGCUUUCGCAGCAUGUGGGAGCGCUACUGCCGGGGCGUGAGCGCCAUCGUGUACAUGGUGGACGCCGCCGACCAGGAGAAGAUCGAGGCCUCCAAGAACGAGCUGCACAACCUGCUGGACAAGCCCCAGCUGCAGGGGAUCCCGGUCUUAGUCCUGGGAAACAAGCGAGACCUCCCGGGAGCCCUGGACGAGAAGGAGCUGAUUGAGAAAAUGAAUCUGUCUGCCAUCCAAGACCGAGAGAUCUGCUGUUACUCCAUUUCCUGCAAAGAGAAGGACAACAUCGACAUUACCCUACAGUGGCUUAUCCAGCACUCGAAGUCGCGGAGGAGCUGAGACGGCGGCCCCCACCCUCGGACCAGGGACCCACCACCCAGACCUGAGGCCGAGCUCCCCGCCCACCCCGCGUCGUCCCCCCCCCCAAGCCCACCCCGCGUCCCCCCAAAGCCCGCCCCACAUCACUGGUGUGGGGAGGGGCCCUCUGGGGACCCCAGAGUCCCGUUCUGCUGAGGUUUGAACUCCUGUUUUUAUUGUAAAAUAAAUCGCUCCCCCUGGUCCCCUAAUCUCCCCCUCACCGGUCCCCUCUCCCCUGCCCCCUCCCCCACCCUGCUUCCCCCUCUCAGCAGCCCUGGCCCCAGCCCCCCCUCCCCCGUCCCCUGUCCCCCGCCCUCUUCAACACUCUUCUGUUAUUGUCCUGUGUGUACAGUAUAUAUAUGUAUAUAUAUUUUAAUUUUUUAAUUUAAGCAAAGACUAAAAUCAACCAUUCGAUGCUGCGGGGGCGCCAGGCGGGAUCCGGGAGGGGCGGCCUGGAGGGGCAGGUACCAGCCUGGGCACCGGUGGCCGCCCCACGCCCCGUGCACGCCCGCCUCCCAGCCGGGCGGUCCCUGCCUGCAUGUCACGUGCCCACGGAGCCCCCAGAGGCAGCCCUCUCUGCCCCCGGCCUCCUAGGGCCCCAGGCACAGCCAGCUGCCCGAGACCACCAGGCCCCGGGGGCAGGGGCCCAGCACCCCACGCCUGCGGCCGCAGCCCCUGCCCCUCCCAGGCCCCCGCCCGCCCCCGCGGGCACCUCGCUUUCUGUUCUCCGGGUUUUUUUACAGUCGCACAAGGAGAGAACUCAGCAUGGGGUGAGGUGGCUCUCUGGGCUGUGUGUGUGUUUAUCGGUUCUAAUUUAAUGAUUUGUAAAGUGAUGGUCUUCCUCCUUUUUAUUUUAUUUUUUUUAUACUUUCCAGCUCCUGUUUAACCUCUGUUUGGAGAACGAUUCUUGUAACUGUACAUUUUUUUUUUUUUUGCCUCCUAACAACAUCAUGAAUAAAUUAGCCAUUUUAUGCUGGGG